AUGGAAAAUGUAACACUUUUGUUAAAUGACUUGUUAAAGGGUUACCAUAGAGAAGUCAGACCAGGACUUGGAGGGCCUGCAAUAAGAAUAGAAACAGAUAUAUUAGUACGGAGUAUGGGGCCAGUUAAGGAAAGUGAAAUGUCAUAUUCAAUGCAAUGCUACUUGCGACAACGUUGGUAUGACAACCGACUUCGUUUCAACUUAGAGAACAUAACAGAAGUCACAUUGAGUAAUAGUUUCCUGAAGUAUAUCUGGAAGCCAAAUACUUAUUUCAUAAAUGGUAGACGAUCACAGCAACCAAAUAUUACAGUUCCGAAUGUAUUUGUAAGAAUCCGACAAGACGGCAGAAUUUAUAUGUCCCGAAGAUUGACAAUUCAUGCCGUUUGUCCAAUGAAGAUGAUGGAAUAUCCUAUGGAUAGGCCUGUCUGUCCACUAAUAAUUAGUAGUUACGGGUAUACAGUUAACGACAUACUGUAUAUAUGGAAACAUGGACAAGAUAAGUCAGUGGAAAUGUAUGAAGGUGUCACUAUGUCACAAUUUAACAUCCGGGGAAUACAAACCAAGAACCUAACUAAGAUAGAUCAUAACGGGGAGCAUUCUGUUCUUGAGGUAUACUUCCAUUUAAAACGCCACGUAGGAUUUUUUGUGCUUCAAACAUAUCUACCGUGUACCCUGAUAGUAUGUUUGUCUUGGGUUUCUUUCUGGAUAAACAGAGAUGCAGCACCUGCAAGAGUUUUACUAGGAGUUACUACUAUUUUAUCAACUGCCUCUACGGGAAUGAUGGUGAGGGAUGGUUUACCCAGAGUUCCGUACGCUACUGCACUUGAUGUUUAUCUGAAUGUAUGUAUUGUGUACAACCUAGCCGCCAUGAUAGAAUAUGCUGCUGUUAAUUAUUUCACUAAGAUAAUUCCAAAAGAAGGAUCAACUAGUGAUAGCGAAGACGAACAGGUAAUAAGACAAGAGACUAACGGUAUAAUAUCGACUGAGUCAAAUGUAAGGCAUUAUAGCUGUUACAACUUGUUCAUUCGAUGCUUAGUUGGAAAUUAUCAGUUUCGUAAUCAAAAUGUAGCUAGAGCUGACCUUAAAAAUGGAAACAGCGUCAGUAAAAUUGACAUGACAUCACGAUAUUUUUUUCCUGCAUCGUUUAUUUUCUUUCAUGCUUUUUAUUGGAGUUGGUACUGGGAUUCAGGCAAUUUUCAAACAUCUUAAGCAUGACUCAUGAUAAGGAAUGUCGUGUU